UCCCCUCUCUGUCUGUCCCUGCUUCGGAUGGUAGAGUAGUUGGCUGUGGACCUCUGCCUCCUUGUCCUCUUCUCUCCUUCUCCGUUAUGACUACCAGGAGACCAGUUAUCCCCAGCGUCGUGUGUGGGCACCAGUCAGAAGAGAGUGGCCCCCACCUCCUACCUAUAAGUCCCCCAAGGUCUCUUUGCCAGCUACUGCUGCCACUCAGGAACUAGGGUACUCUGCAUAGGAGUUUUUGCACCUCUCCUUCACAGGACGACACAGGAGCUCUACCUUUUUUUAUUUAUGUUUUUUCCUCACUUUUCAUCCUUUCUUUUUCUGUUCAAGGCUUCUCUGCAGCUGUGGUAGGACUAGGAGUGUCACGCUCAAACUCUCCUGUGUCCUUUCUCUUUUGCUCUCCCUCUAUCUCUCAAUCUCUUGAAGGUUGUUCAUGGCGCACAGGGACAUUACUGACAGGUCUGAGUCAUUUUGCAUCAUCACUUCCCCUGUCUGAGAGAAUGAAGGAGUAGGAACAUUGGAGAAGAUGAUUCUUUGGGCUGGCCUGCUUCUCCUGGGUUCAUGGAAAUUCUCAACGGUCGCCAGUCAAUGCCACAUGGAGUCUCAUCUCAACAGGAAAAGUAGUGGAAGGAUACGUUUUGUUCAGCACAGAUUUUGAGUUCCAGUGCUGUGGAGUCGGACUGGACUCCUGUUUGGAUUACUAGGGUUCGUGUCUGUGUGGAAGUAGCUGUAGAGUACCUGGCUCUGUGUAAUCAUGGGCAAUGCGGCUGGAAGUAUGGAGUUUCCAACGGGGAAGGAGGGGAAGACAGUGUCGUUCCCCCCAGGCUCAGAAACCCCCCAGAAACAGGCGGCGGGGCCCAAAAUUCCCAUGCCGGCCGAAGAGGAGUUAGAGGAGCGCUUCAAUGUGGUGCUGGAACGGUUCCAAGUGAAGAAUCCACCCUCUGCUUACUUGCUGAAGCUCAGAAGUUAUCUUGACCAGGGAGGGGUUAGUCGUAAGUUCAAGAGGCGUGUCCAGGAGUCCACACAGGUCUUGAGAGAGCUGGAAAUUUCCCUGAGGACCAAUCAUAUUGGCUGGGCUCAGGAGUUCCUCAGUGAGGAGAACCGGGGCCUGGACUUCCUGGUUGACUAUAUGUCCUUCGCCCAAUGUGCCGUCACCUAUGACAUGGACAGUUUGGACAACGGGACAGCCACACCGGACAAAUCUGUGGAGGACUUGACGAGGAGUGCCGGUAACUCUCCGAUCCAUAGUGCUUCUAAAGCUGCUCGUUCCCUUACUGUGAGAUUCAACGCUCUCCACAGCAGGAAAGCGAUGAGGAACUCACGCCUCGUCAGUCAGAAAGACGACGUUCACCUCUGCAUCAUGUGCCUCCGUGCAAUCAUGAACUACCAGUCUGGGUUUAACCUGGUGAUGACCCACCCGUGUUGUGUGAACGAGAUCACCCUCAGCCUCAACAACAGGAACCCCAGGACCAAAGCUCUAGUUCUGGAGCUGCUGGCUGCUGUAUGUCUAGUGAGGGGCGGUCAUGACAUCAUCCUCUCCGCUUUUGACAACUUCAAAGAGGUAUGUGGAGAGAGGAGCCGAUUCGAGAAGCUCAUGGAGUAUUUCUCCAAUGAAGACAGCAACAUUGACUUCAUGGUGGCGUGCAUGCAGUUCAUCAACAUCGUGGUCCACUCCGUUGAGAACAUGAACUUCAGGGUUCAUCUGCAGUAUGAGUUUAGCCACCAUGGCCUGGAUGACUACCUCCAGAGGUUAAAGUUCACGGAGAGUGACAGGCUGCUGGUGCAGAUCCAGGCCUACCUGGACAACGUGUUUGAUGUGGGGGCUCUGCUGGAGGAUGCGGAGACCAAGAAUGCCCUGUUGGAGCACAUGGAGGAGCUGCAGGACCACAAUGCACAGAUAAGCAGCAGAUUGCAAGAGAGUGAGAGGGAGGCGUUGGAGACAGUGUCAGAGUUGGAGAAACAUCUCAUCCAGACCACCAAAGAGGUGGAGCUGCUAAAGGAGAGUCUGCGUGAGUCCUGUGCCCAGGUGACCAUUUUACAACAGAGGGAGAUAGAGAGAGAGAUAGAACGAGAGAGGGAACGAGAGAGGCAGAGGGAUAGAGAUCGUUCGGCCCAGGCCUUGGCGGAGCUGGAGGAGAAAGUUCAGGGGCUUGUGGACCAGCAGCUGAUUCGAAUUGAGCGCUCGUCCUCGGGACACCUGGACCUCCAUGUCAUCCCUUUCAUCCUUCCUGUUUCCAUCCAUGCUGAAACAGAACAAAUCACGACUGUCGAUGGACCUGUGGCCCCUCCCACAUCUGUAGUCCCGCCCCCACCUCCUGCUCCUCCAUUACCUGGUGCAACAGAGGUCACGGCACAAGCUCCUCCUCCUCCUCCUCCUCCUCCUCCUCCUCCUCCCCCUCCAUGCCCGACGGCACCACCACCUCUGCCCCCCCCUCUUCCAGGGGGUGGUAUGGCCCUCCCGCCACCACCUCCAAGUGUUGGAAUGGCCCCGCCAUUUGGGGGCAUGCAUGAUGGACACACCGGUAACAGAAACAAGAAGCCCAUUCAGACUAAGUACCGAAUGCCUUCAUUCAAUUGGCAGGCCCUCAAACCCAACCAGGUGGCUGGAACCAUCUUCAAUGAGCUGGAUGACGAGAACGUUUUGGGGGAGUUGAACAUGGACGCAUUUGAGGAGCAGUUUAAGACCAAGGCCCAGACAGCCCAGGCUGACGUGGGGACUCUGAGAGCGAAGGUGGCCCAGAAGAUCCCCAGCAAAGUGUCCCUACUGGAGUCCAACAGGGCCAAGAACCUGGCCAUCACCCUGCGCAAGGGAGGCAUGACCACCUCGGACAUCUGCACCGCUAUAGAGACGUAUAACCAGGAAGCUCUGAGCCUGGACUUCCUGGAGCUGCUGGAGCGUUUCAUCCCCUCAGAGUACGAAGUCAAGCUCAUCCAGAACUACGAGCGAGACGGGAGGCCCCUGGACGAGCUCCCCGAGGAGGACCGCUUCAUGGUGCGCUUUGGCAAGAUCCCACGGCUAGCCCAGCGCAUCAGCACACUCACCUUCAUGGGCAACUUCCCCGAGAGCAUCCAGCUCAUCCAGCCGCAACUCAACGCAAUCAUCGCUGCCUCAAUGUCAAUCAAGUCCUCUAGCAAGCUGAAGAAGAUCCUUGAGAUCAUCCUAGCCUUUGGAAACUACAUGAACAGCAGCAAGAGAGGAGCAGCCUAUGGGUUCCGCCUGCAGAGUCUCGACUUGCUCUUAGACACUAAGUCCACAGACCGGAAACAGACUCUGCUGCACUUCAUAGUGAGUAUCAUCCAGGAGAAAUACCCUGAGCUCCAAGCCUUCCACAGCGAGCUGCACUUCAUGGACAAGGCUGCUCUGGUGUCCCUGGAUAGUAUUCUGCAGGACGUGUGUGCCCUGAAGAGGGGCAUGGAGGUGACCAGGAAAGAGUUUGCCGUACAGGAAGACAACCCUGUGCUGCAAGAUUUCCUCACCAGCAACAAUGACCUGCUGGACUCUGUAGUAGAAGAUGGCAAGACUGCCCAGGAUGUGUAUGAAUCAACAGUGGAGUACUUUGGAGAGAACCCUAAAACCACACCUCCCUCCAUGUUCUUCCCUGUCUUCGUGAGGUUCAUCAAGGCCUAUAAGCAAGCAGAGCAGGAGAAUGAGCAGAGGAAAAAGCAGGAUGUGUUGUCCAGAGAAGGGAGGACAGGGCCACCGUCAACAUCGACAUCAGCUAAGCCUGAAAUACCACAGAAGCAGGUACCUAUGAUGCCCAAGCUGCCCCAGAUGGACCUGAUAGCGGAGCUGAAGAGGCGGCAGGUGAUCCCCCUGGUCCGGGAGGGCAAGGAUGGAGCCAUCGAGGACAUCAUCACAGACCUGAGGAACCAGCCGUACAGACGGACAGACGGGUCCCGAGUCAGCGCCAAGUGGAAGCCCGGGCAAAAGCUCCAAGUCUCUUCUGAUAUUUCCCUGUGAAAGCACACACUCGCGCUCCAUUCAAACAAUCACUCUCAUUUCAUUUCAUUGAUAUAGAGUGCACACAAACUUGAAAUAUCUCCCCUAGACUUAACCCAGCAUGGCAGGUGAUUGGUUCUAGCUGUGGUUCAGCCCACAACAAACCUCACUGUUGACUGCCUGUUCUCUAAGUACAGCUUCAGGUAUAUUAGACAGUGAGGUGCUGUUUCCUAAUACUUCUCUGAUCCCUAACAAACACUUACAGUAAAUACACUCUAUUUCUCUGUAAACACUUCCUGUUUCUACAUACUGCUAAAGGAGUAAGGGCUUGGCCAUGGAUGGACUACAGUUCAACGGCAUGAUUUAAAUGAGAAUCACCCUCAUUCUCUCCAAUCUUCAUUAGAGCUUUUGGACAUGUUUAAAGCAGAUUGAACAUUGGGACUGUGUAUAUAACCAUUAGUAAAAGCCAGACAAGACCCUACAUUUGUUUGUCAUAUUAAUAGCUUAUUCUAUUUGUGGUACUCAGACGGCUGCAAACUGUCAAUCCCAAUAACUGCCGUAUCUGGUGUAAAAGCAUGAUGACCUGUCCUUCUGUCCUAGCGCUAGUUGGAUUACAACAGCUCAGGACGGAGCUUAGAACAAGAUUUGUACUAUAUUUAAAUUAUUUUUAAUAUAGAAGUGUAAGGAUAACCUUUUCUUUGUUUCACUAUUUUGGGUUUGAACUAAUAAAUAUUUUAUACUGUGA